CCCAGGAGAAGCAGCAAUGUAAUCUGGUGAAUGCCAGGCUUGCAUCCUGAUGCCAUCGUGGAAACUGCACUGCUCAGUGAGGCUCUGAGCGACAGCUUUCUUGGCAGUCACAAGUUGCUUUAUUCAGAGCAUCAUCCCAGCUCCACUUUCUGUUGCUGCCCAAAGCCUAGUGCUUUUCCUUGUGACAAGGCUCCUUUGUACUGCAGUAUUUGGUAGCUGCCUUCUGGGCUCUGAGGACGAUACGUGAUCUCUGUAAAAAUGCUGCGAUAUUGGGGUGAGAUUCCGGUUUCAUCUAACCAGGCCAACCGCAGCUCCUUUGACCUGCUUCAGCGUGAGUUUCGUACUGUGGAAGUCCAAGAUCCUCCACUGCAUCAGCCAUCUGCAAACAAACCCCGGCCAACCACCAUGUUGGACGUCCCCUCGGAGCCCUGCAGCCUCACAAUUCACACCAUUCAGCUCAUCCAGCACAACAGGCGGCUGCGCAGCCUGAUCUCCAUGGCUCAGGCUCAAAACCAGCAGCAAGUGGAGGGCAUAAAAACUGAAGACAAUGAACCUCUGCCAUCUUGUCCGGCCUCUCCACCUCUCCCUGAUGACCUGCUUCCUCUGGAUAGCAAGACCUCCAAAAUGCCAUUUCAGCUGAGGCACAGUGACCCAGAGAGUGAUUUCUACAGAGGAAAAGGGGAGCCAGUGACUGAGCUGAGUUGGUCCUCCUGUCGGCAGCUUCUCUACCAGUCAAUGGCCACCAUCCUGGCUCACACAGGCUUUGAGUGUGCCCAUGAGAGUGUCCUGGAGACCCUGACAGACAUUGCCCAUGAGUACUGCUUGAAGUUCACCAAACUGCUGCGCUUUGCUGUGGAUCGAGAAGCUCGACUUGGGCACACCCCUUUCCCUGAUGUCAUGGAGCAGGUCUUCCAUGAAGUGGGCAUUGGCAGUGUGCUCUCACUGCAGAAGUUCUGGCAACACCGCAUUAAGGAUUAUCACAGCUAUAUGCUUCAGGUUAGCAAGCAGCUCUCUGAAGAGUAUGAGAAGAUUGUCAACCCUGAAAAGGCAGUAGAAGACACAAAGCCUGUGAAGAUUAAGGAGGAACCUGUUAGUGAUAUUACUUUCCCCAUAAGUGAGGAGCUGGAAGGAGAUCUGGCUUCUGGUGAUCAGUCUUUGCCUGUUGGAGUCCUUGGAGCUCAAAGUGAGCGAUUCUCUGCCAACUUGGAAGUAGAAGCUUCCCCGCAGACUUCAGGUAGAGGUUUCUUGCUACUGCUGGAAACAGUCUAUCAGCUGUUGCAUGUGAUCUUGUUUCCAUUUUUAAGAGCAGAUCCCAAGGUAAUUUUGGAUUCUUUUCCAGAGAUUCAUGUUACUGAAAAGCUGAAGGUCAUGUUCACUGUGACUGGA